GGGCUGAGCGCUGCCAGAGCGAGCGGCGAUGUGGAGGUGGGUGUGCGGCGGCGGCACCGAGCCCGGCCGAGACCCCCCCCGGGCCCCGCGUCCCCGGUGCCGGGCAGGUGCCGAACCCCCCCCGCCCCGUUCCCUUCCCCUUUCCCAUUCCCCUUUCCCCCUCCCCUCCGGGCACCCCCCGGCAGCGCUGCCCGCACCGAGCCGCGUGUUGUGCUCCAGAGCCGCAGAGUAUGUCUUUGCUCUGAGGUCGGACUGAAGCCCUCUGCAGCGGCGCUGGAGGAGACGCCCCGUUGAUGAGCGUUCCCAUCUGAGCUUUCCCCGGUGGCCGGCGGGCUGGUGCUACCACCAAGGCUUUGGGGAUUUUUGGCUUUGGGGGUGGGUUUUGGGGUUUUGUUUCGUUUGGGGGUUGUUUUGUUUGGGGGGGGUUUGGUUUUGCUGUUGUGCUCUGGGCACCAUGUCAAAUUCGGGCUCCCAUCAAGACACUGGGAACAAGGCAGAGACGGAAAAAAAUACCCAAGAUGACUCUCAACCCCCUGUCAACUCCGAGAGGAGGAACAAAAGUGGAAUAAUAAGUGAACCUUUGAACAAAAGUCUUAAGAAGUCCCGUCCACUCUCCCACUAUUCCACCUUUGGUAGCAGCAGCUCGGUAAGCGAACAUUCAGAGAAAGGCAACCCCUUAGCUAAUGGCAACGAAGCGACUGUGGAUAAAAGUCAUUCUACCUCAAAGCACAAAAACAUCUCUAGUAUGCUGAGCAAACUCGACCGGGUGUCGGAGCUCUCCUCAGAAGGACAGACCGCCCUACAACAGUUUGCUCAGUCGACAGAAAUGCUCAAAAGAGUGGUACAGGAGCAUCUUCCUCUAGCAAGCGACCACGGGACUGGGAUCUCUGACAUGGAGGCAGUCUCAGCUGCAGAGACAAUGAACGGCCCCUCCGAUUUUCCUUACCUGGGGGCUUUUCCCAUCAACCCAGGCCUUUUCAUCAUGACCCCUGCCGGCGUGUUUCUGGCAGAGAGCGCGCUCCAUAUGGCUGGCUUGGCAGAGUAUCCCAUGCAGAAUGAGUUGGCAUCUGCCAUCAAUUCGGGAAAAAAGAAACGGAAAAGAUGCGGCAUGUGCCCGCCCUGCCGAAGACGGAUAAACUGCGAGCAGUGCAGCAGUUGUAGGAAUCGCAAAACUGGCCACCAGAUUUGCAAAUUCCGAAAGUGUGAAGAACUCAAAAAGAAGCCUUCUGCAGCACUGGAGAAGGUGAUGCUUCCUACAGGAGCCGCGUUCAGAUGGUUCCAGUAGGAACGGGAAUCCCAAAGCUCUGUCAUCCAAGUGCAAUGUCACUGCUUGCUUGUGUUGUCUCAGGCAAGGGAUUUUUGGCUGAAAUGAAUGGAUGCACCUGUGUCUCUUUAGAACCAAAAAUAUUUUCUCGCAAAUCUCAUUCCUGUUUUUAUAAUUUUAUUUUCCUUCUUUUUUUUCCUCUCUUUUUUCUCUUUUUUUUUUUUUUUUGGCGUUCGUUUUAACAUCUCCGAGUCCGAGUCAGACAUUUAACUGCUUUUCAAAUAAAAAAUAAUGAAAAGGAAAAAAAAAAAAUAAUAAUAAUAUACAACCACAAUGGAUCUGUAAAGUACCAAGACUUAAUAGACAGAGUAUGGACAAUCAGUUUCUUUCUGUGUUUUUGGUGUUGAUGUUGUUUAUGUGUGAAAGAUGCAGUACUUGUGUAGGGAAUGUAAAUUUACAGUAACCUUUGAAAACCUAGUUACUAAUAAGCACUACUGUAAUUUAGCACAGUUGUUUAAUUGCACCCUCAUUUAUACUUUUUCUUUGAUUCUUUCCCAUCAUACAAUAGAGUGGGUAGUUUCUAGAAUGCCUCAACUUCAUGUUUAUAAAUGAGAAUAUGUUUAAAGCGAUGUAGUAUCCCCUUUUCCUAGCCAUUCACCGAUGGAAGUUUAACCCGGUAUCAAAGGUGGAAGGAAACAAUUGCUACACAACUGGGGGUGGUCGAGAAAGGAAAAAACAAAAAGGAUUAAAAAAAAAGGCAAAAAUAAAGGCAAAAAAAAAAAAAGUCAUUGUUAGUUUAUUACUCUAGAGCGAGGAACACUGCGGCCAGAACCCUCCUAACGCAAUGGUUUGCUCCUAGAAGCAAUUUUUGUCAACUUACUGAAGUUAAAAAUCAAACUCCAAUCCCGAUCGCGGGACCUGUGCUGAAGCAGUUACGACAAGUGACAUUUCUCUUCUGUUCCCAUCCCCGUCUCUCCAGCUCUCUCUCCAUCAUCCAAUUGAAAUGCUGUUUGUAAUGUUUUAGCGAUCCAGGCUGGUUUUGUGAAUAAAAUGAAUGCAUGUUUUGUGUCAUGA